GGGCGCUGUGCGGGGCCGGCGCUCAGGGCCCGGCCGAGGCCCGGAGAAGCCGAGGCCCGCCCCUUCCUCCGCGCCGAGAGCCGGGAGCCGCCGCCGCCGCUGCGCUCCGCCAUGCCGAAACACGAGUUCUUUGUGGACAUGACCUGCGAAGGCUGCUCCAAUGCGGUCACCCGUGUCCUGCACAGGCUGGGAGGUGUCCAGUUUGAUAUUGACCUGCCCAACAAGAAGGUGUGCAUUGACUCAGAGCACAACGUUGACACCCUAUUGGAAACCCUAAAGAAGACUGGAAAGAACACUUCCUACCUUGGGGAGAAGUCCGCGCAGUAGCCUUGUCUGGUGAACUCAAAUAUGACUUCAACAAAAAGAUGGCUUAACUGUUUGCAUAUGUCCCAACUUGCUCUGUCAUUUGGCCUUUACUACCCUGCCAGAUGUCGGAAAGCAGAGGGCUGGCAGGAGGAGACAACUGCGUCUUGGGCUUUAAAAAUGGAGAAAUCUAAGGGAGGAGGUUAUAUGCUGUUUCUAGUCCCACAGUAAAUCGAGGUGCUGCUUCUAUCUUUCAGUGCA